AAUUCUUUCUAUCGUUAAAAUGAAUUCCAGUGAUGAAAACUACUUGCGAAUCCAGAAAGAUUGGAAACAACUUGUGGACACUUACUACUGCGUGGACAUCGCAUCGGGAAUCUUUCUGGCCGUAGUUUCUGUGCUGACAAUAUUUGGAAACGGGCUUUUGUUACUGGCGAUAUGGAAAGACCCUUUCAAAACAUUUCGAACGCCUAUCACCUUUUUUAUCAUCGGUUUAGCGGCUGCAGAUUUUCUUACAGGUCUCGCGGUAUGCUCGACAUAUGCCCUGCACCUCAUCGCUUUAUAUUCAGCUAUGAGAAGCGGCGAUUCUACCUUGCUACAAGGGACGAUAAAAGCAACAAAAAUCUCUCAUCACAUCUCCCUGGCAACUAUGAACAGUUCGUAUAUCAUUUUGUUGCUUUUCACGUGGAGCCAGUUCACCGCCAUAAGCUUCCCUCACAAACACAGGGUCUUAGUUACUAUGAAGCGAGUUGUGGGUUGCGUAAUCUCAACUUGGCUUUACUCCACCACAUUUGCCAUGCUUCCCCUGAUGAAAGUGCCAAAGACCACGUUUUGGAAAAUCGAUCUGUACUUUCACACAACUGGCAGCCUUUUCUUCUUAGCUAUCGCGUAUUUUUGCUUGUACAAGGCAUUCAGAAGGCAGGUGAGGCGACUGCAUUCGCUAAAAUCAAACAACACUUUAGCAAGACAACAGGGGCGAAGAGGAACUAGGCGGGAGCGACAAUUCACCGUGGUCAACCUUUUAUUGCUUACGUUUGUCAUUUCUUGCACGGUUCCCACAGCUGUCGUCUCCUACCUGUUUCUUCACUGGGACAACAAAAACCCUUUUCGAAACCUCAAGCUGCGGAUUGCAAACUUAAUUGCAUCCGAUGUGUUAUUUCUCAAGUUUGCUCUUGACCCACUAAUUUACGCUUGGCGGCUCGUGCAGUACCGAAGAGCGCUGAAGUCGAUACUGGUUUGUAAUAGGCGAAGAAAUGACGUCGACGAGUUGUUUUCUUAUACAAUGAAUAAUCAGACUUUAGCCUCUUUUCGAAGAAGAGAAUUAAGCAGAGGGGUCGCAAUCUUGGGCAACAAUAAACUAGAUUUGACAGCUUGAUGAGACGGAAUUUAUGGCCUUACAAGUCGCACUACCUUCAUUAGGGAGCAAGCAAUGACGGCGGCGAUCCCGAGAAAAAAAUGAAUGUAUAUUUCACCGUCGAAUCUCGUAAUCGAUAGAGAGCUUAAGUAAACCAUGACGGUGAAGGCAACGAGAACGCCACCAA